CAUUCAUUUUGCUUGCAACUUUUCUGGAACCGCUGAAGAAAUGUCUGAUUCUGCCGGCGAUAAUUCAAAACCGCGAGUAGCAGUUCUUGGAGGGUGCGGUUUCAUCGGCCGGAACCUAGUCGAUUAUCUCGUGUCCAAUGAUCUGGUGAGUGGUGUCCGUGUGGUGGACAAAACACCGCCGCAACUUGCUUUCUUGAAUCCUGCUCAUACGAAAGUUUUCGAAGACCCCCGCGUGGAAUACAAGAGCGCUAACCUCAUUAAUCCUACAUCAUGUGCGUCAGCCUUGGACCCUGGGGAGGGCGAGCCGUGGUCGUUGGUGGUGAACUGCGCGGGGGAGACGAGAGUCGGUCAGACGGAGGCAGUGUACGCUGAGGGCAUCGUCACCCUCAGCACUAAUGUCGCUAAGCGCUGCGCCGCUAUUAAAGUGCCACACCUCGUAGAGAUCUCUAGUGGUCAUAUGUACAGUAGUGACAAGCCCCAUAAGGAAGAUGACCCUAUAGAGCCAUGGACUGUUGAGGCGCGCAUGAAGAGCAAGGUGGAGGAGGAGUUGAAGAAGUUAGAACCAGAACUGAACUACACCAUCCUCAGACCUGCUAUCGUCUAUGGCAUCGGGGACAGGAGGAGCUUAACGCCUCGCCUUCUAUACGGCGGUAUAUACAAGCACCUCGGCGAGACCAUGAAGCUUCUAUGGACGGCGGACCUGAAGAUGAACACGGUCCACGUGCUGGACGUGUGCCGCGCCGUAUGGGCCGUGGCCCGGCCGCGGGGCGCCGCGCACAGGGUCUACAACGUGGUGGACGAGGCGGACUCCACGCAGGGCACACUAGCGCAACUGGUGGCUGAUAUGUUCAACAUCAACCACGACUACUACGGCACGGCGAUAUCCACUCUAGCUAAGAACGAUAUAGCGUCGGUAGCGGAGGAGGCCAACGACAAACACCUGACCGCGUGGGCGGAGGUGUGCCGCCGGUACAGCGUGCCGCACACGCCGCUGGAGCCCAGCGCGGGCGCCGAGUUGCUGCUCAACAAGCGGCUCUGUCUCGACGGCACAAGGCUCAGGGAACUGAUCGCCCUCCACCACCCGCGACCCACCGGACGACUGUUGCGAGAGGUGUUAGAAGACUACGCUUCCAUGAAUCUCUUCCCCAAGGAGCUCCUGCUAUAACUUCAUAAUUAGGACAUUACUGGCAAGUUAUACAACACUUAUAUAUACAGCAUCUGAUGAUAUACACUAUGGACGCAGCCGUAUUCAUCUGUUUAGGAAGCAUCGUGAUUGGGGAAUGAAAAUACGAUUAAGCGAUGCGAUUUCGUCGUGCGAUGGUUUAAAGACAAACGAAGCUCUAUUUUUUAUUCACUCGUUAAUAAUUAUCACGCCGUCGUAUUAUUGUCUUUUAAUAUCUAAUUUUUACAUUUCCCAGUACAC